AUGGCCCCCGUGAAACCGUCCGCAGGAAACGGCGGCGCAAAACGCGUCCCAAGGUUCAGUUCCUGCCAGUUGCGCUUCCUUACGGCCAGCGGUAAGUCAGGGGGGCGCCUCGCGGGCGCCGCGUGCGCUGCGCGCGGGCCCCUCGUGGGCGCUGCGUGCGCGAUCGCCGGCCUCCCGCAUCGGCUCGGCGGCAGCGCGCCGCGCAGUCCGUCCGCACGGCACGGCUGCGCCUGCGCCGCGCAGUCUGCACGUGCCUUGCGGCAGGAGCAGCGGGCGCUGCACGCGUUCUCCUUCCCGGGAGAGAGCAGGACGGCCUCGAGGCCCGGCCGGCGGAGCCCGCCGUCCGGGCAGCCCGCGGGCGCGGGCCGGGGCGCGGGCAGGUCCAGCAGCCCGGCCCCCCGCGCCCGCGCGGGCGAGGCGCGGCGGCCGGGGCCGAUCGACAACUCGGCCCUGCUGCAGGAGGGUGCCGGGGGCAGGCUGAGGCGGGGCGUUGACUUCGAGUGCCUCCCGAAGGAUGCCUGGAAGCGGCUGAUGGCCGUCUACCGGGGCGGCCCCGAGGUGGCGCGGCAAGCGGUGCGCGGGGCGGGCGGGACGUGCAGGUCGAGCUCGGCGGCUCCCGCCGCGGGCCCGCGCGCACGGCGCCGCGUCGGCCUCCAGCGCGCCCGCCCGCCGCCGCGGCGUGCGGAAGCCCCGCUGUCCGCGCGGGCCGGCGACGGCAGGAGCUGGCGGGGAAGACGGCUGGCCUACGGAACAUGGGGAACACAUGCUUCAUGA